GUUCCUGAUUACAUCAAACCAGAGUCGGCUUUCCCUUUUUCUCCGGAAGUAAGAAUGAACGGGAUGGAAGUAUUUUUUGGAUUCACAAGCAUUCCAAUCUGUUUACAGAUAAACAUUUAAAAAUAUUGCGACAAGUCGGUGAUAUUAAGCCGGACUAAUAUCAUCCGUGAAGAACAGGGUGUGGAUGGGUAGUGGGAUGAUCACUCCAGAGACUGACACGUUAUGGAGAACUUGGCUCCCAGAUUCUGAAUUCAUGCCUCUUCAAUCCUCUGCCAGGACCGUCACCUUCAAUGGAAAAUUAAAUUUCAAUAGACAAGAAACAAUUUACGUAGCCCCAGUCUUCGUUUACAGUAAUGCAAAAGUAUUGGAUAUGAACACCAGCACUCGCUCAAGAGAUUCAACUCUAACUUGGGUUUUUAAUGUGAAAAAAAAAUCCAAGUAUUUUCUUCGCUUACUUUGGUGCGACAUCGCUAACCCAAAUUCCAAAACUUUCAAUUUUGACGUCUUCAUUGGCGUCAAUCAAACUUCGCUCCAAUCCACAGAAGUUACUCAAGACAAUGUGUUUGCGUUGCCAUUUUGGUACGAGUUUAUCAUCGUUACUGACCGUUCGGGGUUCUUCAAUGUGGGCAUAGGCCUGAUCAAUAAUGAUCCAUUGUCAAGGGCUUUCUUGAAUGGAAUUGAGAUUAUGGAGUUAAUUGACAAAUCCUUUGUGGGUGUUGUUGAUUUAAGCAUGGGAGAGGAGAAACAGAGUCCAAAGAUGAUUAUUGUUGGGGUUUGUGUUGGUGGGGUUGUGAUUAUUGGUUUGAUAAUUGGAUUGGCUGUGUUUUGUUUUGUAAGAAAUAGGAAGUUAAGAAAGCAUCGUCCCAUGCUUCUUCCUCAAAAUGAUCCGUCCUCGGAGAAGAUUGUGUCGAUUGCGGAUAUUGCGCCUAAUUUGAACCUUGAACUCAAGAUACCCUUUGGGGUAAUAAAUGACGCAACUGAUGGAUUUGAUGACAAGAAAAUGAUUGGUAUUGGAGGAUUUGGAAAGGUUUAUGCUGGGAGAAUUGGAGAGAAGGAUGUGGCUGUGAAGCGAAGUCAACCUGGACAUGGACAGGGUAUUAAGGAGUUUCACACAGAGGUUAUUAUAUUUUCUCAAAUUCGACAUCGUUUUCUCGUUUCGUUAUAUGGGUAUUGCGACGAAAACCAGGAGAUGAUCUUGGUUUAUGAAUACAUGGAGGGGGGAACUUUAAAAGAUUAUUUAUACGGUUCAAAGGCUAAAGAUAAAGUUCCAUUGACAUGGCAAAAAAGGCUUGAAAUCUGCAUCGAUGCAGCAAAAGGUCUUCACUAUCUACACACUGGCUCGACCGCGACCAUCAUCAUACACCGAGACAUUAAAACCACAAAUAUCUUACUCGACAAAGAGUUGAACGCAAAGGUUGCCGAUUUCGGCAUAUCGAAAACUGGAGUACCCGACGCCAAAGAAUUAGACAUUACCAUUAGAGGAACUUAUGGAUAUCUGGAUCCAGAAUACUUCAACACUGGACAGUUGACAGAGAAAUCGGACGUUUACUCGUUUGGCGUCGUGCUUUUCGAAGUUCUCUCGGCCAGAGCACCAAUCGUUAAGACCGCUCCAAGUGAAGAGACAAACUUAGCUGACUGGGCAGUUCUGUGCAAAAGCAGAGGAGAGAUUGAGAAACUGAUUGAUCCUUUUCUUGUGGGAGCAAUAGAAGCAAAUUCGUUGAGGAAAUUUGUGGAAGUUGCAGAGAAGUGUGUCGAUGAAGUUGGGGCGAAUAGGCCUUCAAUGCAUGAUGUGGUGUAUGAUUUGGAAUUGGCUUUGCAGUUUCAGUUCACGCCUGUGGGGGAUGGGAAGGGGUAUGAGGGGAUUAGCACCACCAUUGUUGAAGCUCCAUGGGAUAUCAAUUCGGGAAUUCUUGAUCGGAUUCCGUCCAAAGGGAAUGAUGAUUCAAUCUUGCUAGAAGAAGAUAGCAUGACUGGGAAUGCUAGAGAAUUGGCUGCUGAGUUUAGGAUUGAUUGUGCUAGAUGAUCUGAUGUCAUGUGUGAAACAUACAAAUGUCUUCUUGUGUAUGGUUUUGGUCAUUACAAGAUUGUAUAGUAUGUGAUGUUAGAUACUUUUGGCAUGCAAAUUUGGAGUUUGAAGUUUAUAGAUGUUAAAACUGGAGGUGUAGAUAGCCUCACUGGAAAUUCGAGUUUAAGAAAUCAGUGUUUACGCUGUAUGUUAAAUUAUUAA